CCAGGCCUGUCCGGGAACCCGACCGACCUGGAAAAGAGGCGGCAGGUCUUCGGCCAGAACUUCAUUCCUCCCAAAAAGGCCAAGACGUUCCUGCAGUUAGUGUGGGAGGCACUCCAGGACGUCACACUGAUCAUCUUGGAAAUCGCAGCCAUAAUCUCCUUGGGCCUGUCCUUCUACCACCCUCCGGGUGGUGACAAUGAACUGUGCGGCCAGUCAACCGGUGGCGUGGAGGACGAGGGCGAGUCGCAGGCCGGCUGGAUCGAGGGGGCAGCUAUCUUGUUUUCCGUGAUUAUCGUGGUGCUGGUGACCGCUUUCAAUGACUGGAGCAAGGAGAAGCAAUUCCGGGGCCUCCAGAGCCGCAUUGAGCAGGAGCAGAAGUUCACGGUCAUCCGCAAAGGGCAAGUGAUUCAGAUCCCCGUGGCUGAGAUUGUGGUGGGAGACAUCGCGCAGAUCAAGUACGGUGAUCUCUUGCCAGCAGAUGGGAUCCUGAUCCAGGGCAAUGACCUGAAAAUAGAUGAGAGCUCGCUGACCGGGGAGUCAGACCAAGUCAAGAAAUCGCUGGAUAAAGACCCCAUGCUGCUGUCAGGUACCCACGUGAUGGAGGGCUCCGGCAGGAUGGUGGUGACUGCCGUGGGUAUCAACUCCCAGACGGGAAUCAUCUUCACUCUCUUGGGUGCGGGAGAAGGAGACGAGGAAAAGAAGGUGAAGAAAGGUAAAAAAACCGGAGCCCCCGAAAAUCGCAACAAAGCUAAAACUCAGGAUGGUGUGGCCUUAGAGAUCCAGCCCCUGAAGAGCCAGGAAGGGGUGGAAAAUGAGGAGAAGGAGAAGAAGAAGGUGAAGGUGCCCAAGAAGGAGAAGUCUGUGCUGCAAGGGAAGCUCACACGCCUGGCAGUCCAGAUUCUUUCCCCAGGGCUGAUCAUGUCAGCCAUCACGGUCAUCAUCUUGGUGCUGUACUUCGUGAUCGACACGUUUGGGGUGCAGAGGCGGCCCUGGCUGGCGGAGUGCACCCCCAUUUACAUCCAGUACUUUGUCAAGUUCUUCAUCAUCGGUGUCACCGUGUUGGUGGUGGCUGUGCCUGAAGGGCUGCCGCUGGCGGUCACCAUCUCCCUGGCCUACUCCGUGAAGAAAAUGAUGAAGGACAACAACCUCGUGAGACACUUGGAUGCCUGUGAGACCAUGGGCAAUGCCACCGCUAUCUGCUCGGACAAGACGGGCACGCUCACCAUGAACCGCAUGACCGUGGUGCAGGCCUAUGUGGGGGACACUCACUACCGCCAGAUCCCUGACCCCGAAGCCAUCCUGCCCAAGAUCCUGGACCUCAUAGUCAAUGGUGUUGCCAUCAACUCAGCCUACACAUCCAAGAUCCUGCCACCCGAGAAAGAAGGGGGGCUACCCCGACAAGUGGGGAACAAGACUGAGUGUGCCCUGCUGGGUUUUGUGCUGGACCUGAAGCAGGAUUACCAGGCUGUGCGGAAUGAGGUGCCAGAAGAGAAGCUCUACAAGGUCUACACCUUCAACUCGGUGCGCAAGUCCAUGAGCACGGUGCUGAAGAACGGCAACGGCAGCUUCCGCAUGUACAGCAAGGGAGCCUCCGAGAUCAUCCUCCGCAAGUGCACCAAGAUCCUGGACAAGAAUGGUGACCCCCGGGUGUUCAAGGUGAAGGACCGGGAUGAGAUGGUGAAGAAGGUGAUAGAGCCCAUGGCCUGCCAUGGGCUGAGGACUAUCUGCCUAGCUUUCCGUGACUUCCCCGCUGAUGCUGAGCCGGACUGGGACAGCGAGAACGAGAUCCUGUCUGACCUGACCUGCAUCGCUGUGGUUGGGAUAGAGGACCCUGUGCGGCCAGAGGUGCCCGAUGCCAUCCUGAAGUGCCAGCGUGCAGGGAUCACAGUCAGGAUGGUGACAGGGGACAACAUCAAUACCGCCCGCGCCAUUGCCACCAAGUGUGGCAUCCUUCUGCCAGGGGAGGACUUCUUGUGCCUGGAGGGGAAGGAGUUCAACCGGCUCAUCCGCAACGAGAAGGGAGAGGUAGAACAGGAGCAGCUGGAUAAGAUCUGGCCCAAGCUGCGUGUGCUGGCCCGCUCCUCCCCGACAGAUAAGCACACACUUGUGAAAGGAAUUAUCGACAGCACCGUUGGUGACCAGAGGCAGGUGGUGGCCGUGACAGGGGACGGGACCAACGAUGGCCCAGCCUUGAAGAAAGCCGAUGUUGGGUUUGCCAUGGGCAUCGCAGGCACGGACGUGGCAAAGGAGGCUUCGGACAUCAUCCUGACGGAUGAUAAUUUCACCAGCAUCGUCAAGGCAGUGAUGUGGGGACGCAACGUCUACGACAGCAUCUCCAAGUUCCUGCAGUUCCAGCUGACCGUUAAUGUUGUGGCCGUCAUCGUGGCCUUCACGGGCGCCUGCAUCACACAGGACUCUCCCCUGAAGGCUGUCCAGAUGCUGUGGGUGAACCUUAUCAUGGACACCUUCGCCUCCUUAGCCCUGGCCACGGAGCCCCCGUCCGAGUCCCUCCUGCUGCGCAAGCCAUACGGCCGCAACAAGCCGCUCAUCUCCCGCACCAUGAUGAAGAACAUCCUGGGGCAUGCGGUGUACCAGCUAACUAUCAUUUUCACGCUGCUUUUUGCAGGGGAGAAGUUUUUUGACAUUGACAGUGGCCGGAACGCCCCGCUCCACUCCCCGCCCACAGAGCACUACACCAUCGUCUUCAACACCUUUGUCAUGAUGCAGUUGUUCAAUGAGAUCAACGCACGCAAGAUCCACGGGGAGAGGAACGUCUUUGAGUCGAUCUACCGCAACCCUAUCUUCUGCACAGUGGUGCUGGGGACAUUUGCAGCUCAGAUCAUCAUUGUGGAGUUUGGUGGGAAGCCGUUCAGCUGCUCUGGGCUCACCCUGAGCCAGUGGUUCUGGUGUAUUUUUAUUGGAGUGGGAGAGCUCCUCUGGGGCCAGCUGAUCUGCACUGUCCCAACCAGCCACCUGAAGUUCCUGAAGGAAGCUGGGCAUGGCAUCACCAAGGAGGAGAUCCCAGAGGAGGAGCUGCCUGAAGACGUGGAUGAGAUCGACCAUGCUGAAAUGGAGCUGCGGCGCGGGCAGAUCCUGUGGUUCAGGGGUCUCAACAGGAUACAGACGCAGAUGGACGUAGUUUACACAUUCCAGACCGGCGCCUCCUCUUUGCAGGGAGCCCUCAGGAGACAGCCUUCCAUCGUGAGCCAGCACCACGAUGUAAAAAAUGUUUCUAGCCCAACCCAUAUCAAAGUGGUGAAUGCGUUCCGUAGCUCCUUGUACGAAGGCCUCGAGAAACCCGAAUCCAGAAGCUCCAUCCAUAACUUCAUGACUCACCCAGAGUUCAUCCUGGAGGAAGACGAGCCUCAAACACCAUUCCUUGACGGCGCUGAAGACGACCUCGAGACUGAUGGACUCAAAAAGCGAGGUGGGGGUAGCCUGGGUGGAUCUACAUCCCUCAACAGAAAUAACAAUGCAGUGGACAGCGAUCAAGCUGAGGUCACCGUCCCGGAGCCCGAAAGCCCCUUACACAGCUUGGAGACAUCAGUUUGA